UUGUUUUCCUUCUGUCGUCUCAACUUGCCGCAAAGUUAUGGGAGUCACUGCUAACGUCUCUGAGGGGAAACUGAGUUGGGACGUUUACAGCCGCUGUCACGGCCCAGUUUGACCAAACUAACGACCACAGUCACAUUUAAUGGCGGAUAAUUAGAUUGCAUCAUAAUAUCAGUGUGUUGGUGCAGAGACGAUGUCAAAGACAGACUGUAAAGCAGCCAAAGACAUGACAGAGGCGAUGGAGGAGACGAUGCAGCGACUACAGGGAAGAUUCCAGGCGAUGUCUGAACAGCUGGAGUCCAAAAUAGACGAGAUGGGAACCCGCAUCGAUGACCUGGAGAAGAACGUGUCUGAGCUCAUGACCCAGGCUGGGAUGGAGAAGCAGGCCAUCUCAAAGUGACAGCAGGCUCUCGCUUCGUCUGCCCUCAUCAUGUGACCUCCAGAAACCAAGGGGCUCCUGUAGCUUUGCCAACGGUGACGUCAUUUUAGUGGUGACUACAAAGUUCCACACGUUCGUCAAACAUUUUAAAUGGGACCUAUGAGUUGAUCACGUUACCUCUAAAGUUGAGUUUGGCCAAAUGUUUUCCAAGGUGCUACCUGCUGCUGAUCCACAGGCAUCUCUCAGUAGCAACACUAUCACAGGUUAAGGAGCCUUGGAGCACCAUGUGAACACAUUAUUGAUUUUGUAGGAACAUUUAAAUUGUUUUCAAAGCAUGGCCAAUGAGAUCACAGCUGACAGGGAGCUUAAGGGAACCCUGUAGGAACCUGGUUGUCUUUACAUGCAGUGUUUUCUUACCAAAAUCAAUCUUAUAUGUACCAUAACAAACACACGGGCAUUCACUACCUCAUACAAUUAUUUGUUGGCCUUUUAAAAUCUGUUGAAACCUGCAUUCUUUACACUAUGUCUCCUCUAAUAUGCACGUUCUGUGUCCUCUUUCACGUGCGGAUAGAGUCUAUAUUGUUUGGUGUGAGCUGCAGAGUGUUGGAGAUAUCGGCCGUAGAGAUGUCUGCCUUCUCUCAAAUAUAAUGGAACUAGAUGGCACUCAGCUUGUGGUGCUCAAAGCGCUAAAAAAUACAAUUUAAAAAAACUCAACAGUAAUGUCUCUUUCUAGAAACCAUGACCUGGUUACUCAAGAUAAUCCACAGACCUUGUUGUGAGCAGUUUCAUGUAUUAACUAUUUUCUUUCUGCCAAACUACAUCCGCCAACUGUUUCACUGUGCAGAAGGGAGAGUGCAUCUACUCAUGGACGAGAGCUUUGUGCUUGUGACAGCGUGAGAUGUGAGCAGUUAUGGUGUCGUCCUUGGCUGAGCUGUAACGUUAGCUACUGUAGCUCAGUGGUGCUGUGUGAUAGAACAGUAGAUGCACGCUUCCUUCUGUGUGGUGAUUCGGUUGGUGUGUGUAGUUCGAUAGAAAGUAAAACUGCUCAAGACAAGGACUACUGAUUAUCUUGAGUAACUGGGUCAUGAUUUCUGGAAAGAGACAAUUUUUUGGCACUUUGAGCACCACAAGCCCAGUGCCAUCUAGUUCCAUUAUAGUGGAGAGAAGACAGGCAUCUCUACAGCUGACAUCUCCAACACUCAGCAAUUCACACUUCAAUUAUCUAGACUGAUUAACAGCGUCACAGAUGAGAGGAAAAAUACGUAUUUCUAAUUUGGGGGUGAACUGUCCCUUUAAACAAAAAGGAAGGAGGUUUUAAAAUCUUACCACCAAAGAAAAUGAACCAUGUGACGUGUGUGUAGGUCGUCUAUAUCCUGAAUUCACUUCAAAUGCACGCCAUGACAUCUAAAACGAGACAUGACACUUUUGGAGGAAAGAAGAAAGAAACUGCCGCCUAAAUGUUGUAAACAGUUUAUAGAAACACAGCUCACCAUAUCUGGUUUUGUAUUAUUUGCACUACAGUAAACAGAUAGUAGUGUUCACCAUGGUGGUUACACCUUUGAUGUCCCUACUCUAUGAAACAGUUGUUGAAGUAUAAAGUGAGCUUCCAGUGGCCUUAAAACUGUGCAUGUUGGAAUCAGUGAUAUGACACACAGUAUGUCUACACACUGCUCACAGAGACGACUGGAUCUGCAAACUGAAGUAUAUAAUAUUCUGUUGUUUUAUUGAUGACUUUCUGUGAGAAUAUACUGUGUAUCACAUCUAUGCAAUUUAUUUCUGAGCAUUAUAUAUCACCUAAUGUCAAACUGUGUAUUAUAUCAUGUGUCUUCCUCUGCUAUAGUUGUGUAACCAGUUAAUGCACACGGUGUCGCAGUCAGAUCGGCCAUCACAUAAACUGUGGCUGCUAAUCACUGUGCACCAAAGCUAACAUGUAAAAGCCAAAUAAAGAUUUUUUAAAGAGUUUUUCAGCCAAAUAA